AUGAAGGCACAGGCGGUGCUGUCCAUCAUCCUCAUUCUUGUACCAUCUCUAAGUGGAUUUCAUGGUGACUUUGUGGCUUUUUUUCUAGUAAUCAGAUUAGAAGAGCAAAUAGUCAUUGGAAGACUUGGAGAAGACAUAAUUCUCCCUUGCUCAUUUGAAAGUGAGCCUGAAGUUGUAAUUCACUGGAAGAAUCAAGAUAACUAUGUUUACUCAUACUACAAAGACAGUGACUAUUUGGAAAAUCAAGAUUGCAGAUACACAAACAGGACAUCCCUCUUCCACAGUGAAAUUCACAAUGGGAAUGCCUCUUUAUCUUUAAGAAGAUUAAGCCUUCUGGAUGAAGGAAUUUAUGUAUGCUAUGUGGGAACAACAUCUAGAAAAAUCAUAAAUAAAGUGGUACUAAAGGUGGGAGCUUUCGUCACACCUGUGAUGAAGUAUGAAAAGAGGAACACAGACAGCUUCUUAAUAUGUAGUGUGUUAAGUUAUCCUCAUCCACUUAUCACAUGGAAAACUGACAAUACAUCCAUCUCUGAAAGCAAUAUGGAAAAAAUUGAAUCUUCGGGUCCUUUUUAUGUUGACAGUAUAAUAAAUAUUACAGGAUCAAAUUUAUCUUAUGAAUGUGCUAUUGAAAACUCAUUACUGAAACAAACAUGGACAGGGGGAUGGGCAAUGAAAGAUGACCUUCAUAAAAUGCAAAGUGAAAAUUUUUCACUCUCAUGUGAACUUAAUAACAGUAUUUUUUUACUGGAUCAAGGCUUCAAAGUCACUUGGUCCAAAGUAGAAAAAGAGACCUCCUCCAUCCUGGCUUACUUUCUGAGCUCCUCACGAAAUACAACUAUCUAUGGACCCCGAGUAUCCUGGAACAAAGAACGAAUAAACCAGACUGACUUUUCCUUGACUUUGAAGGAUCUUAUUCUUUCAGACAGUGGGGAAUACUUAUGCAAUAUUUCUUCAAGCAAAUAUACUUUCCUCACCAUCCAAGCACUGCAUGUAGUAGGAGAUACUACAGCAUUUGAAAAGGAAGCCCAGAUUGGGGGGUAA